UAAAAGGGGCGUGACCCAGGUAUGCAUGAACGUUCCUAUUUGUGACACUGCCUCGCAUGAGAGAAAACAUUUCUUCCUGGAAAGUGCACCGAAGACAACAUGGGGAAGAUUGAGUGGGCUAUGUGGGCCAAUGAGCAGGCUCUGGCUGCUGGACUGAUUCUCCUUACUGGAGGCAUUGUGGGGGUGGCAGGGCUGUUCAGAGGCUGGCAGUUUGCUGCCUAUGCUGUGGCAGCUGGUGUGUUUAUAUGUCUGCUUGAAUACCCAAGAAGCAGAAGGGCAAAAGGCACAGGUGUUGAACGGAAGGGACAGUACUGUUUCACUGUGUGCGUGAAAGCUUUUGGGCCUCUGACAAGGAACUACUACGUCAGAGCCUUUUUACAUGCUGCGUUGUGUGUUCCAGCUGGGUUCAUGCUUGCUACUGUCUUAGGAUGCGUCUGCCUUGGUAUUGCCAGCCUCAUCUACCUCUCGGCGGCCAUCCAUGGAGAACAUUGGGAACCCAUUCUCCCAAGAGUGGAAGUCAGGAGGCCAGCUCCAAGUAUUAAGAAUCCCCCUCAAAAUCCUCCUCCAAGACCUCCACCAGAGAUGCGUAGGAAAAAUAUUGAUGACCUGGAGGGUGCCUCUUAUGACAACCCAAUGGCUGUUUUUGAUGAGAAGUAAACCAACUGGUUUCUCAUUCUCCAUGCUGGGCUGAUGUUCCGCUCAAAUGCCAACAGUGGUGCAAUGAACCGUGGGACUUUUGGAAAACACCUUUUAAAAUGGCUGUGUGAAUGUCGUUUUAUUUGUGUUGAGGGGGAAAUAUCACACUGCAUAAUUUGCAGGUGCUAAAUCAAAUCGCCUAUGAUAACUGCACGUAACUUUUAUAUAUUUCCGCUUGUUAUUUUCAUUUUUCUGUUUUUACUUCCUUUUCUAUUAGGUCAUCCAUUGUAAUGCCAUCGCACAAACUGAAGCAUGCAGUGUAAUUCCUGAACGGUAUGGCAAUUUUGCCUGUCUAACAUCUAAACGCUGAAAAAAAAAAUACUCUUUUUCUAUACUUUAUGUAAAUAAAUCUUUUUUUGUCGGAAUUGCA